AUGGAUGGAGGGUGUGUUCGUGUUGACCCGCCGGUUGUCCAGUUCAACGACGUGAAAGUCGGACGUGUUUACAGGACGACCGUCACCGUGACGAACGUCGGGAAGACGUCGAAGACCGUCCUGAUAGAAAGGCCUGCGUUAAAGUUGUUCAAGAUCAUGGCAUCCAGCGCAGCCAAGGUGGUGGCUUCUGGUCUCUCUGUGAGCGGCAUGCUUGAGUUUACUCCAGAGAAAGAGGUCGAGGUCAGAGACUGCCUUCUGAUUCAUAUAGAUGAUGUGGAGACCCUCAAAGUCCCUCUGCUGGGGUUCCCCAGGGCUUGUUCCUUACUAACGGACUCAGUACUUGACUUUGGGUGCAUUGCAGCAAGCAGUCAGGUGAUCAGCAAACAUCACCAUAUAACCAAUCAGGGAUCAGCACCAGGUGUGUUCCAGGUGCAGUACAAUGGAGACCCCUCAGUUUCAAUCUCACCCUGCAGUGGAGUCGUAGCAGCGGGCGCCACCCAGUGGCUGAAGGUGGAACUGUGCACAGACAGACCCAGGCAGAUUGAUGAGAAGGCUCUGUUGAAACUCCAGAAUCGCUCGGCUGUGGUUCUCAGUAUAAAGGCUGAGGUGGUGGACCAGCGCCUUGAGGUCUUUGACCUACAGGGGGCUCCACUGUCCUGUCUGUGGUUUGGACCUGUAUACUUUGGGACGUCCUGCGUGGAGAACGUGGUUCUGAGAAACAAUGCCCCCCGGGCAUGUGACUGGGUUUGCCUGCUCCAGGAUACUGCUGCUGGGACCGAGGCGGGAGUAGAUCUUCAGAAGAGCGCAGACGCUGUUCUGCUGGAGGGAGUGGAGAGGUGCAGCCCAGCCACCCAUGACGUCUCUCAGGUCUUGGCGUGCGUCCCCAAACAGGGUCGACUGGGACCGUAUGACACAACCACUGUGGCGGUGUGCUUCAGCCCCAUGAGCAAGAAUACAAGUCGAGAAAGGAAGCGUAAUCACUCAACCAGCCGGCAGGACUACUGUCUCUACCUGCUGUUUGAGUCGGUGGAUAACAGAUAUGGCUUCACUCACCAUGAUGGUAACAGCAGUGCAGAGCUUGCAGUGACAGGCUCUGGACUGCCUGUGUCCCUGGUGCCUAGUCCUUCUGGAAAGUUUGAUUUCUUAACCUGUGUGACGGGUCAACGCGUGGACCUGCUGUGCAUGCUGCAGAACCUCUGCCCUCAACUUCCCGUCAAUUUCCGCUUCCGCAAAGUAGCACAUUUCACCACCAAGCCCUCCACUGGCACUAUUGCCCCCGGGCAAUGCCAGGAUGUAGUUUUGUCUUUCACUGCGCGGCAGCAAGGGAGCUUCCAGGUGUGUCAGAAGCUUGAUGUCUUAGGUCAUACCGUUCAGAGGGUUGGCAACACCGCUGAAGAGCUUAUUGGACUGGAGCUUCACUGCUUCCACACCAUCACUCUGAACCUGUCUGCUGAGUGCCGCAGCGAGACCACGCACCCAGUGCCUAAACUGAAUCCUGGAAUCACUCCAGCAGUGACCAAUCCCACUGGAUCCCUGCCUCACGUUCGUUCCAGCGACCUUUCUCGCUGCCGUGUGAUGGUGCCUGCCGCCGUCCUCGGCGCCAACCAAACAAGACUCCACGAGCAUCGCAGGCGGAAGAGUCGGAAGACGAAGGGGGAGGAAUUCCUGGCUUUCCCUAAUGACCGAGCCACGAGCAUCAGGCCUGCCUCCGCACACAGACAGUACAGGACCAUCUUCACCGGUGUACGCCGCUAUCGCUACGUGGACACCAACUAUGCUUUCUCUGAGGAAGAGGAGGAGCAGAGACGCCAUCAUCGACAGAUUUACUCAGAUUUCAUCAAACAGCUCAGAAGAACACGCCUGCAGAAUAUCAAUGAGAGACAGCAGGAAAAAGUGGAGGACGACGUGGAUAUCGGGAUUGUUCCUUCUCACGGGCUCGUUCCACCUACACUCCACAUCAGUGACCUGGAGAGCAGUAAGAUCUCAGAGACCGAGCCGAACUACAGCUAUGCUUCUCAAGCAGACAGACGUAGCUGCUCAAAAGAAAUGACAUCCAUCAACCGGCAGGUAAUGAGUGCAGUUCCCUCUAGCAGCCAGGAGGUGGCAGACUGCAACAGGACUCUGACAGCUCAGGAACUCUACCAAGUCGUAAUAGGUCCAUUGUUGGUGGAUUUUGGCGAGGUGUGUGUGCAGUCAGUGUGUGUUCAGAAGCUGGAGCUGAUCAAUCAUCUGUCAGUGUUUGUCUGGGUGCAGCUGGAGGUGGACUGCCCUGAGCUACAGGGCUCCUCACCCCUCUCCCACGUCCUGCCACCCCACUCCCUCAACACCCUGCCGCUGACAUUUCAGAGCAGCAAACUGGGUCGCUUCUACAGACCUGUAUCCUUCUCCGUGAACCGACAGCACCCUGGUCAGAUACUGGUCCAGGCCCAGGUCGUCCCCUUGGCCCUGGAGCUGUCCACCGACCUGCUGGUGCUCCGCCCCACCCACACGUGGCUUGCCCAAUCGGGAUACAGGAGCUCCGUCACCCUUCGGAACCAGCGUAACCACGCCGCAGAAUUCACAUGGAGGCCGGUAGUCACAGAGAGUGGCAUCCUUUUCUCCAUUCGACCAGCUACAGGUACAGUGGAGCCAUACAGGGAACUGGACUGCGAGGUAGUGUGGCAUCCCUCCUUCACCUCCCCUUCUGAAGGAGACUUUGACCUCUGUGUCCACGAGGGCAACACACAACGCCUGCACUGUGUCGCUAAGGUUGGGGUCACCAGUGUCCAGCUGGCAGAGAAAAAGGUCACGUUUGGAUCAGUGCCUCUCAACAUGCCCACUAUCAGAACUGCAGUCUUACACAACACUGGGAAGAACCACGCCUACUAUCAGGUGCUAGAUGUGUAUCCUCUGCCAGGCAUGGUGGUGAGUCCACCUGAGGGCGUGGUGCCAAGUGGGGGGCAGGCCACACUCAAGAUCCACUUCAGUCCAGAAUCUGCCAUCAAAUUUGACACCAGAGUGGAGAUAGCUCUGAGGAACAUGAAGUCCAUGGAGCUCAGAGUGGGCGGAUCAGUGGAGCCUCCAAAUGUGGACAUCAGUGUGGCCCAUUUCCAGUUUAAUGGGGUCCACGCUGGCUUUCGGCGAGCGAUACCUUUCGUGCUGACAAACCACUCGUCAGCCGCAGCCCGGGUUACCUUCGACCUGGCAGAAUACACAGACUUCUCUUUGCGCCUCCCUCAGCCAUUUUUACGAGCAGAGAAGGAGCCGGGCGUGAGUGUCGUUGAAGUCAGAGGAAACCAGACUGUGGACUGCUCGAUUGUCUUCUCCCCCACCCAGACUGCCAGCUAUGACUUUGACCUGCCGUUGAUGGUCAACGGAGUGAGAUGGCCCGCUGCUUUUCCGUCUCCUCUCUCCACUCCAUCCUCCUGCUCCACCUCAUCCUCGCUGUCAGCCAGCGGCAGGAACAAUGUCGUCAGACCUCUUCCCCAGUCUGUCGCCAUGGCGAUGCAGCAGCCUCAGCGCGUCCAGGCCACAGUGCUGUGCGCCCCCCUGGAAAUGUCCCCCUCGAGCCUAGAGUUCCAUGUUGAACCCCAGGCACCACAUUCGGAUGCUUACACCAAGACAGUGGAGCUGAAAGCGGUGUGUGAGGAGAGUGUGUUUUGGCGUAAGGGUGUCAGGAAACAUGUAAGCUGGUGGUUUGACUGCGGAAGAGUAGCAGUAACAGAGUACAGAGGAGAGGGGGAGCUGUGUACGGUCUCUCCGUCAUCAGGCAGUCUGCGGCCCGGUCAGUCCGCCUACUUGACGGUCAGCAUCAGCACUGAAGCUCUCACUACAGGGUCCGGCAGAGUGACCAAACUGUCUCUCCCUCUUUACCUGGGAGACGAGGGAGGGCAGGGGAUGGGGGGAGAGGAGGGACAUGAACCUUACAGAGAGCUGUCCAUCACUAUUACCAUCCAGCCUCCCCGUAUCACCAUCCGCCCCCCUCAAAUCCUCCUCACACCAGUACCCCUGGAAGGCAUCGCAACUGCCACACUCACCCUGCUGGCUAUUGGAUAUCCUCGUGGAACCACAGUAUCAGCUGAAAUGGACGAGGUUGAACUGGAGGAUGGGGCAAAGAUACAGCCUGUUUCCAUCAUCUUCCCAGAGGGUAACAACAUCCCCGCCCAAAGCCAGGAUCAGAGACAUCCAGUCAGCACACAGAACCAGGAGGCUGGUUGGACCUCUAUAACCUGCAGCGUGUCCUUCUGCUCAGCCGUCUCUCUGUCCCUCUGCUCAACCAUCACCUUCACCGACCACCUCCACAACAAGUUUAAGGUUAAGUUGUGCGCUAUCGCCGACAACUGCGUGUUGACAGUCUGGCCCUACAUGGCCAUGCACCGCUCCGAGCAACAGAUCGUUCUCAAGACUGGGGCCACAGCUGUUGAGGCGAUCCUGCAGCGGCAUCACACACCGAGUCCCGCCUCUGGUCCGACUUCAUCUUCCUCCUCGUCGUUUGAUCACAACAGCUCGACAACCAAGAACUCAGCAUCAGACUCUUUUCCGGACAGUGACAGCGUGAGCGCUCAGGCCAGCAGGAAUACAGAUGUCUCUCCUAACAAAGACACCCCGGCAAUUCUCGGCGCCCCAGAAUUCCCCGCAGCAAACUCAGAGGAAGGACCAUAUUACCAGAAUGUAUUGAAGGCCGUGGAGAGGUGGUUUAGCCUCUUUGGGUGGCCGAGUGGACCACACCCCAUCUCUGUGCCACACACGCUCAGAAAAGUUGUGUCGCAAAUUCAAACGCAUCAUUCCAGUGGACGGACUUAUGGAGUCAGUCAAAAUAAAGACUCCAGGUCUGUAGUGGACAUGCUUCACCACCUGACUGGCAAACAGAUUCCUGGUAUUCCUCGCUGUCAGACGUUUUCCUCUGAUAUAGACCAGCGCACCAGUCGGCUGCUGCAGCAGCACCAAGCUAUGCUCACUUUUCUCAGGGUGCAGGGAGCCUGCCUUGGUCAUAUCAGACCAGAGUACCUGCUCGACAUGCAGGAGUUCAAACACUGGUGCUCCCUCCUGCAGGCAAAUGAGGAAGAACCUAGUCUGGACUACAGCAGCGUUGACUAUGAGUCUCUGAGCAAACGAUCCUGGACUGACGUCCUGCUGCAAAUAUACAAGGUGCUGGUGUUAUGUCGCGUGUCAGAGAGCGGUUUGAACAACGCCAAUCUGAAAAAUGACAACCUAGAUGGAAUCCUCCCCGUCGGCUCACAGCCACGGGCCAGUAACAUCUAUUCAUCCUGCGAGCUCCGGUUGCUCUUGUGGCUCAACGUGCAUUACCAGAGAAUGAGGAAGACUGUGUGGGGAAGAGGCGGUGUCCCAUCAGCACGCUGGAUAGUGAAUUUUGACCUGGACCUGACAGAUGGACUGGUGCUCGCUGCUCUGCUUGCUGCCUACUGCCCUUACCUGAUCUGCAGCCACUUCCAGAGGAUGUACUCCACAACCAGCAGCCUAGAACAGAAUCUCCACAACAACAUUAUAGUGACCCAGGCCUUAACCGCACUUUGUCUCAACCUAGACGUACAGCCCACAGACUUGUCGGACCCCAAUCCAGUGCAGAUGUUAAUUCUGUGCGUUCACCUGUAUGAGCGGCUGCCACAGUACCUGCCACUGCACGCUAUCACUCUAUCAGGAGACCUGCACAGCACUUUCAGCAAACAGGUGCGUCUGAAGAGCCCGUCCUUUAAGCCAAUCAAAUACCAGGUUCAUCUUUUAGGAGAGGAUGCCCAUCUCUUCUCCCUCCCCGGUGGAUCAACUGUCACUAUUCCUCCAAAGGCGAGCACCGAACUGAGCGUCCAGUACAGCUGCUCCGUCAUGCAGCCCGGGGAGGCGGCCCUCCUGCUCAUCCCCAGUUCUCCUUUCGGCCUGUGCGGCACCACUCUCACCUUCAAUCUGAAGACCCACGUCAGUCACAUCACACCCACAAACACUGUCAAGUGCAGGUCUCCAUGCUACCAGCUGAAAGUGAUCCAAGUGCCCAUAAUUAACCCCUUCAACAAAGAAGCUACGUUCAGGGUUAUGCUGGAGGAGUCUCAGUUCAACCCACUGGAGCCCGAAAAGAAAGGAGACGGCAUCGUUCAACAGGCCUCCUCCGAAGCCAAGUAA